UUCGGCUGGAUUUAUCCUCGCAAUAACGUGCAAGCGGCCCCAGACGGCAGUGGCGCUGCCUCUCGUCAGGGACCAUCGCGGUCCCUCUCCGCUCGUCACGGGGAGCUGCCGCAGGGCCCGCACCGCAUGGGCUGCCUCACAAAUGGUUGCCACCCCUGCCAUCAAUCCCGCCUCACGUCCCCCGGCUCUGGGAUGGCUGGAGAUAUAAAGGCACUGCCAGGAGAAGGGAAGCAGGACGGGGUGGGGAGCAGAGAGGAGAGGAGCGGGCCUCCACCAUGGACGCUUCCCGCCUUUUGCUAGCGUUGGCCUUGCUCUCGGGCAGCCUGAGGCCGGGCCGGAGUCUCGAAGAGGUGCUGGGCUCGCGAGAGCUCUUGGUCGAAGAACCCAACGCCUACCCGGAGAGGUUUUUAGACUGGAUGCCACAAGAGGGUGAAGAGCACACUGGACAGACCUUACCUGACGACCAUCUGCUGGGCAUCCUUCUCCGUACAUUGUUCCAUGCUGCGCAGAGACCUGGCCGCAGCCCUUCCUUCCUCUUCCAGCCACAGAGGUUCGGCCGUGAAGCCAGGACCAGCAGUUUGAGAAGCGCUGGCCGGAUCAAACCACGGGCUUGGGAUUCUUUGGCCCCUCAGUUUCUGAGUUUGGCUACGCCACAGCGCUUUGGCAAGAAAAAAUGAAGCUGGAAGUAGCAACCUGGGAAAAAUAAAUGCCAAAAGUAAUUGCCUCCUGGAUCCUGGCAAACUGGACAGGAGCCUCACCUUAAUUUUCUGCUUCUUUAUUUGUCACUCAGCCUUAGCUGGUGGCCUAUCCCUAUUAAGGGCGUGUAUUUUAUCUGUUGUCAACAAUAAUAAAACAACAUUGGUACAUCU